AUGGUCCUACUUCUUUUUGUGUCCUGUCUGAUUUUUUCCUACCUGACCUUCUCCUGGUUAAAAAUCUGGAAGACCAUGAUGGACUCCAGCCUGGUCACCAAGAGCAAAUCCCGAGCAAGCUUCAUUCAGAGCCAGGAGCCCUUUCCAGCCUCAGACAGCUCAGGGGAGCGGUUGCAGAAAAAUGACGACUACAGCUCACUGCCAAAGACGCCUAAAGAGGCCGAGCCAGCCUCCCUUAAAGAAUUCAAAGAUGCCUCUCAGCGGAGAACUUCCCGGCCACCUCCACACCAGAAGGCCCUGAGAAACCCCUCUUCCUCCAAUGACUUGUCGGCCUCCCCAGAACUCCAAGCCAAUGGGACAGUGACCACAGCUCCAGAAACCAAUGGCCUGUCCUCCCUGGCCAGGCUCCAGGGCCAGCAAGCCAGGUCCUCCUCCAAAGAAGACAAGAAGCAGGCUCACAUCAAGAGGCAGCUGAUGACCAACUUCAUCCUGGGUUCCUUUGAUGACAACUCCUCUGACGAAGACCCCGGCGCCAGCUCGUUCCGAGAAUCUUCCCAGAAGGGCAGCCGGGCCAGCCUGGCGACCCUGUCCCUAGAUGCUGCUCCGACUGCAGGCGAACCUGAUACCACUGUCCCUACUAUGAGGCCAAGCAUGUCAGGACUCCACCUGGUGAAGAGGGGCCGUGAGCACAAAAAGCUGGAUCUGCACAGAGACUUUACCGUGGCUUCCCCAGCUGAGUUCAUCACACGCUUUGGGGGGAAUCGGGUCAUCGAGAAGGUCCUCAUUGCCAACAAUGGCAUCGCCGCCGUCAAGUGCAUGCGCUCCAUCCGCAGGUGGGCCUACGAGAUGUUCCGCAAUGAGCGGGCCAUCCGCUUUGUGGUCAUGGUGACCCCUGAGGACCUCAAGGCCAAUGCAGAGUACAUCAAGAUGGCGGAUCAGUAUGUCCCUGUCCCAGGUGGGCCCAAUAACAACAACUAUGCCAACGUGGAGCUGAUCGUGGACAUUGCCAAGAGAAUCCCCGUGCAGGCGGUGUGGGCUGGCUGGGGCCAUGCUUCUGAAAACCCCAAACUUCCGGAGCUCCUGCACAAGCAUGGGAUUGCUUUUCUAGGCCCUCCCAGUGAGGCCAUGUGGGCCCUGGGAGAUAAGAUCGCAUCUACCAUUGUGGCCCAGACGCUGCAGAUCCCAACCCUGCCCUGGAGUGGAAGCGGGCUGAUGGUGGAGUGGGCAGAGGAUGGUCUGCAAAAGGGCAAAAUGAUCAGCGUCCCAGAAGAUAUUUACGACAAAGGUUGUGUGAAAGACGUGGAUGAGGGUUUGGCGGUAGCAGAGAAAGUUGGUUUUCCACUGAUGAUCAAAGCUUCUGAAGGCGGUGGAGGGAAAGGAAUCCGGAAGGCCGAGAGUCCGGAGGAUUUCCCAAUUCUUUUUAGACAAGUGCAGAGCGAGAUCCCAGGCUCCCCCGUCUUUCUCAUGAAGUUGGCCCAGCACGCCCGCCACCUGGAGGUCCAGAUUCUCGCUGACCAGUACGGAAAUGCCGUAUCUCUAUUUGGCCGCGACUGCUCCAUCCAGCGGCGGCACCAGAAGAUCAUUGAGGAGGCCCCAGCCACCAUCGCCACCCCGGCCGUGUUUGAGAUCAUGGAGCAGUGUGCUGUCCGCCUGGCCAAGGCUGUGGGUUACGUGAGCGCGGGGACCGUUGAGUACCUCUAUAGCCAGGACGGCAGCUUCCAUUUCCUGGAGCUGAAUCCCCGCCUGCAGGUAGAACAUCCCUGCACAGAAAUGAUCGCCGACGUCAACCUGCCGGCCGCCCAGCUACAGAUUGCCAUGGGCGUGCCGCUGCACCGGCUGAAGGAUAUCCGGCUUUUGUAUGGAGAGUCGCCAUGGGGGGUGACACCUAUUUCUUUUGAGACCCCUGCCAACCCUCCCCUGGCCCGAGGCCAUGUCAUUGCUGCCAGAAUCACCAGUGAAAACCCGGAUGAGGGUUUUAAGCCAAGCUCCGGGACGGUCCAGGAACUGAAUUUCCGCAGCAACAAGAACGUGUGGGGUUACUUCAGUGUGGCUGCUGCCGGUGGCUUACAUGAGUUCGCCGACUCCCAGUUUGGGCACUGCUUCUCCUGGGGAGAGAACCGGGAAGAGGCCAUUUCGAACAUGGUGAUGGCUUUGAAGGAAUUGUCCAUCCGGGGAGACUUCAGGACCACCGUGGAGUAUCUCAUUAACCUCCUGGAGACCGAGAGCUUCCAGAACAACGACAUCGACAAUGAGUGGUUAGACCACCUCAUCGCCCAGAAAGUACAGGCCGAGAAACCGGAUGUCAUGCUCGGGGUAGUGUGCGGAGCCUUGAAUGUGGCAGAUGCCAUGUUCAGAACCUGCAUGACGGAUUUCUUACACUCACUUGAAAGGGGCCAGGUUCUCCCAGCAGAUUCUCUGCUGAACAUUGUGGAUGUGGAGUUAAUUUACGGAGGCAUUAAGUAUAUUCUCAAGGUGGCCCGCCAGUCUCUGACCAUGUUCGUGCUCAUCAUGAACGGCUGUCACAUCGAGAUCGACGCCCACCGGCUGAACGAUGGCGGGCUGCUGCUGUCUUACAAUGGGAACAGCUACACCACCUACAUGAAAGAAGAGAUGGACAGUUACCGAGUUACCAUCGGCAACAAGACGUGUGUGUUUGAGAAGGAGAACGACCCAACGGUCCUGAGAUCCCCCUCGGCUGGGAAGCUGAUACAGUACACGGUGGAGGAUGGGGGCCAUGUCGAGGCUGGGAGCAGCUAUGCUGAGAUGGAGGUGAUGAAGAUGAUCAUGACCCUGACCGUACAGGAGAGUGGCCAGGUGAAGUACAUCAAGCGCCCAGGAGCCAUGCUGGAAGCGGGCUGCGUGGUGGCCAGGCUGGAGCUCGAUGACCCUUCCAAAGUGCACCCGGCUGAGCCAUUCACUGGGGAGCUCCCUGCCCAGCCCACUCUGCCCAUCCUCGGAGAGAAACUGCACCAGGUUUUUCACAACGUCCUGGAAAACUUGACCAAUGUCAUGAGUGGCUAUUGUCUGCCAGAACCUAUUUUCAGCAUCAAACUGAAGGAGUGGGUGCAGAAGCUCCUGAUGACCCUCCGGCACCCGUCGCUGCCGCUGCUGGAGCUGCAGGAGAUCAUGACCAGUGUGUCAGGCCGCAUCCCCGCCCCCGUGGAGAAGGCUGUGCGCAGGGUGAUGGCCCAGUACGCCAGCAACAUCACCUCCGUGCUGUGCCAGUUCCCCAGCCAGCAGAUAGCCACCAUCCUAGACUGCCACGCAGCCACUCUGCAGCGCAAGGCCGACCGCGAGGUCUUCUUCAUGAACACCCAGAGCAUUGUGCAGCUGGUACAGAGGUACCGCAGCGGGACCCGCGGCUAUAUGAAAGCGGUGGUAUUGGAUCUCCUGCGAAGAUAUUUGCGUGUCGAGCACCAUUUCCAACAAGCCCACUACGACAAGUGUGUGAUAAACCUCAGGGAGCAGUUCAAGCCAGACAUGUCGCGGGUGCUGGACUGCAUCUUCUCCCACGCGCAGGUGGCCAAGAAGAACCAGCUGGUGAUCAUGUUGAUCGAUGAACUCUGUAGUCCAGACCCUGCCCUGUCAGACGAGCUGACCUCCAUCCUCAACGAGCUCACUCAGCUGAGCAAAAGCGAGCACUGCAAAGUGGCCCUCAGAGCCAGACAGGUCCUGAUUGCCUCCCACCUCCCCUCCUAUGAGCUGAGACACAACCAGGUGGAGUCCAUUUUCCUGUCCGCCAUUGACAUGUACGGCCACCAGUUCUGCCCAGAAAACCUCAAGAAACUAAUACUUUCAGAAACGACCAUCUUUGAUGUCCUGCCCGCUUUCUUCUAUCACGCCAACAAAGUCGUUUGCAUGGCAUCUCUGGAGGUGUAUGUGCGGAGGGGCUACAUCGCCUAUGAGUUGAACAGCCUGCAGCACCGGCAGCUCCCCGAUGGCACCUGCGUGGUGGAAUUCCAGUUCAUGCUGCCCUCCUCCCACCCAAACAGGAUGUCCAUGCCCAUCAGUGUCACCAACCCUGACCUGAUGAGGCACAGCACGGAGCUCUUCAUGGACAGCGGCUUCUCCCCGCUGUGCCAGCGGAUGGGGGCCAUGGUCGCCUUCCAGAGAUUCGAGGAUUUCAUCAGGAACUUUGAUGAAGUGAUCUCCUGCUUCGCCAAUGUGCCCAAGGACAUCCCCCUCUUCAGCAAGGCCCAAACCUCCCUGUACUCGGACGAUGAUGGCAAGAGCACCAGGGAAGAGCCCAUCCAUAUCCUGAACGUGGCCCUCCAGUCUGCAGACCACCUGGAGGACGAGGAGCUGGUGCCGAUCUUCCGGACGUUUGUGCAGUCCAAGAGAAAUAUCCUUGUGGAUUAUGGACUCCGAAGAAUCACAUUCCUGAUUGCCCAAAAGAAAGAAUUUCCCAAGUUUUUCACAUUCAGAGCAAGAGACAAGUUUGCGGAAGACCGCAUUUACCGUCACCUGGAGCCCGCGCUGGCCUUCCAGCUGGAGCUCAGCCGGAUGCGAAACUUCGACCUGACCGCCGUGCCCUCUGCCAACCACAAGAUGCACCUUUACCUGGGCGCAGCCAAGGUGAAAGAAGGUGCGGAAGUGACGGACCACAGGUUCUUCAUCCGGGCCAUCAUCAGGCACUCGGACCUGAUUACAAAGGAAGCGUCCUUCGAGUACCUGCAGAACGAGGGCGAGCGGCUGCUCCUGGAAGCCAUGGACGAGCUGGAGGUGGCAUUCAACAACACCAGCGUGCACACGGACUGCAACCACAUCUUCCUCAACUUCGUGCCCACCGUCAUCAUGGACCCCUGCAAGAUUGAGGAGUCGGUGCGCUCCAUGGUCAUGCGCUAUGGCAGCCGGUUGUGGAAACUCCGAGUGCUACAGGCUGAGGUCAAGAUCAACAUCCGCCAGACCACCACCGGCGUGGCCUUUCCCAUCCGCCUGUUCAUCACCAACGAGUCGGGCUACUACCUGGACAUCAGCCUCUACAGAGAAGUGACCGACUCCAGAUCCGGAAACAUCCUGUUUCAUUCCUUUGGCAACAAACAAGGGCCCCAGCACGGGAUGCUGAUCAACACGCCCUACGUAACCAAGGACCUGCUGCAGGCCAAACGAUUCCAGGCCCAGUCCCUGGGAACCACUUACGUGUACGACUUUCCAGAAAUGUUUAGGCAGGCACUCUUUAAACUCUGGGGCUGCCCGGAGAUAUACCCCAAAGACAUCCUGACGUACACUGAGCUGGUGCUGGACUCGCAGGGGCAUCUGGUAGAGAUGAACCGACUUCCGGGAGGAAAUGAGGUGGGCAUGGUGGCCUUCAAAAUGCGGUUUAAGACCCGAGAAUAUCCGGAAGGGCGGGACGUGAUUGUCAUCGGCAAUGACAUCACAUUCCGCAUCGGGUCCUUUGGCCCCGGAGAAGACCUUCUGUAUCUGCGGGCGUCUGAGAUGGCCCGGGCAGAGGGCAUCCCCAAAAUCUACCUCGCAGCCAACAGUGGGGCCCGCAUCGGCCUCGCAGAGGAGAUCAAGCACAUGUUCCAGGUGGCUUGGGUGGACCCCAAAGACCCGCACAAAGGAUUUAAAUACCUGUACCUGACCCCACAAGACUACACCAAGAUCAGCCCCCUGAACUCUGUCCACUGUAAACACAUCGAGGAAGGAGGAGAAUCCAGAUACAUGGUCACAGACAUCAUUGGGAAGGAUGAUGGCCUGGGUGUGGAGAAUCUCAGGGGCUCGGGCACAAUUGCUGGGGAGUCCUCUCGGGCCUACGAGGAGAUCGUUACCAUCAGCUUGGUGACCUGCCGAGCCCUGGGCAUUGGGGCCUACUUGGUGAGGCUGGGCCAGCGUGUGAUCCAGGUGGAAAACUCCCACAUCAUCCUGACGGGAGCAGGGGCUCUCAACAAGGUCCUGGGAAGAGAGGUUUACACAUCCAACAACCAAUUGGGCGGUGUGCAGAUCAUGUGUUACAAUGGCGUCUCUCACAUCACUGUGCCUGACGAUUUUGAGGGGGUUUAUACUAUCCUGGAGUGGCUGUCCUAUAUGCCAAAGGAUAAUCAUAGCCCAGUCCCUAUCAUCACUCCCACUGACCCCACUGACAGAGAAAUUGAAUUCUACCCAUCCAGAGCUCCUUAUGACCCCCGGUGGAUGCUUGCAGGAAGGCCUCACCCAACUCAGAAGGGGGCCUGGCAGAGUGGCUUCUUCGACCAGGGCAGUUUCAGGGAGAUCAUGGCGCCCUGGGCCCAGACCGUGGUGACGGGACGAGCAAGGCUGGGGGGCAUCCCUGUUGGAGUGAUCGCUGUGGAGACGCGGACUGUAGAGGCAGUGGUCCCUGCGGACCCUGCCAACCUGGACUCCGAAGCCAAGAUCAUCCAGCAGGCAGGCCAGGUGUGGUUCCCAGACUCAGCCUAUAAGACGGCCCAGGCCAUCAAGGAUUUCAACCGGGAGAAGCUGCCCCUGAUGAUCUUUGCCAACUGGAGGGGGUUCUCCGGUGGCAUGAAAGACAUGUACGACCAGGUGCUGAAGUUUGGGGCAUACAUUGUGGACAGCCUCAGGCAAUACAAACAGCCCGUCCUGAUCUACAUCCCACCCUACGCGGAGCUCCGGGGAGGCUCCUGGGUCGUGGUGGACUCCACCAUCAACCCCCUGUGCAUAGAAAUGUAUGCAGACAAAGAGAGCAGGGGGGGCGUUCUGGAGCCAGAGGGCACCGUGGAGAUUAAGUUCCGAAAUAAAGAACUGAUAAAGGCCAUGAGAAGGAUGGACCCAGCUUGCCAGAAGCUCAUUGAACAACUAGGGGUGUCCGAUCUCUCCGACAAGGACCGCAAGGACCUAGAGAGCCAGCUGAAGGCCCGAGAGGACCUGCUGCUCCCCAUCUACCACCAGGUGGCAGUGCAGUUCGCUGACCUGCAUGACACACCGGGCAGGAUGCUGGAGAAGGGAGUCAUCUCCGACAUCCUGGAGUGGAAGACGGCGCGCGAGUUUUUGUACUGGCGCCUGCGCCGCCUGCUGCUGGAGGACCAGGUCAAGCAGGAGAUCCUGCAGGCCAGCGGGGAGCUGAGCCACGUGCACGCACAGUCCAUGCUGCGCCGCUGGUUCAUGGAGACUGAGGGGGCUGUCAAGGCCUACCUGUGGGACAACAACCAGGUGGUGGUGCAGUGGCUGGAGCAGCACUGGCAGCGGGGGGACGGCCUGCACUCCACCAUCCGCGAGAACAUCAAGUACCUGAAGCGCGACUUUGUCCUCAAGACCAUCCGAAGCCUGGUCCAGGAGAACCCCGAGGUGGCCAUGGACUGCAUCAUCCACUUGAGCCAGCACAUCAGCCCAGCUGAGCGGGCCCAGGUCAUCCACCUCCUGUCUACCAUGGACAGCCCACCCUCCACGUGA